GUUUCUCCUUCCUAACCGUUAUUAUUACGCUGACAGCAUCUAUAAUGUCUGUUAGUGCAUGCCAAAAAAACGGCAAGAGUUGCGAGAGGACCAGUGACUGCUGCGAUAAACAUAGUGUCUGCGUUCUCACUGUAGAUGAUGAAGUAUUUGCGUACUUGUUGGUCAGGUUUGUGGGGGGUUGGCUUGGGUGUCACCUGUACUUGACCGGGGUGUUCUCACUUGUGUCUGUAAUGCAUAAUGUCCUCGACUGUCAUAAGCGCAAGGGUAUCGGGAUAAACGGAUCUGCAGCGAAGACGGCAUUACCGUUCCAGCAGGAAAACACGGGUGCGGGGAGUCGGUCUGCGUUACGUGAUAAUCGGUUUCGUCGAAGAAGUGCCAUCUAUCUGCGUGUCGAAUUUGAAUUUUGUGUUCGUGAAGGCAAAAUUAGCAUUCCGCUGGGGAUCGAGUGCGCGGUUAUGAGUGGCUGCCAAGAAUUCGAUGCGCUCGCUCCAGCCCAAAUAGUCAGGUUUGGCUAUUGUCUCAUCUCCAGCGAGUAUGCGCCGCGACACAUCCAUAAGGGCAAGCCGGGACGCGGUGUUGAAAUUGAGGCACUGAUCGGGAGCACGAGCGCAAAUAUGUUACGACUACCUUCCGCCUCGGAGUAUCACUAG